AUGGACCCAGUGUAUGACCUUCAGCUUGAACACCCGCAAAUGCAAGCGCUUAUUAAGGAUAAAACUCAGAAAUUUGACUUAAUAUUAGUUGAAGCAAAUACACCAGCAGGCAUUGUACUGCGAGCGAGAUUCAAAGCGCCAGUUCUGCUAGUUAGCACUAUGACAGUCACCUCUGACAUCUUCCAUCUUGUAGGAGCUGAUACCAAUCAUUUAUUUUAUCCCGAUUUUUUGAUUGCACCAGUAUGGGAUUUGUCAUUUGGGCAAAAGUUGUGUUCUUUUUACAAUUUGGUACGAAUAAAAUUUACAGAUCUAAAAUUGGACAAUUACGGAAUUAAAUUUUUAAAGAGACACUUAGGUCAGGAAGCUCCGUCGAUGGAAGAAUUGGAAAAAGACGUAGAAAUGUUAUUUUUGAAUGCAUAUCGAUAUUGGGAUAAUAAUCGUCCAGCCCCAAUUGGAUCUGUGCUAUAUAUGGGCGGAUUCCAUUUGAAACCUCCUAACAGUUUGCCUGAGCAUAUUAAAACUUUCGUGGAUGAAUCCAAGCACGGUGUCGUGGUAAUGAGCUUUGGGUCUAAAUUUAAAUUAUCAACAUUGCCCAAGCGUAUUUUGCGUAUCAUAAUCAACGUAUACUCCACGCUUCCGUAUGACUUUAUUUGGAAAUGGGAUACUGAUAAAUGGCCAGACAAACCCCAUAACAUUAAAAUCGUAAAAAAAUUACCGCAAAACGAAUUAUUGCAUCAUCCUAAAGUUAGAGCACUAGUAACACACGGUGGCUUGCUGUCGACGCAUGAGGCGAUAGCCGCAAGAGUUCCCCUCGUCGGCCUGCCGUUGUUCUCGAAUCAUUGGCAAAACGCUUGGCAGUAUGAAAAACUUGGGAUUGGCAUUUGUUUAGACAUCGAUCAUUUGAAUGAAAAUAAGCUUAGAAACGCUGUCGUAGCUGUAGUCGAGGAGAAAAAGUGA